AUGGCUAACGAUAUGAUUGCGUCAAGAAAUUUAGCAUUAACUAAAACAGUUGCUGAUUUGAUUACGGAGCCUUCGAACUUCUUUCAUCAGAAUCAGCAGUCUGCAAUGAUGCUGAGCGAUUUUCAGAGCAGAAAAAUGCAUUCAUAUGAAACAAUGCGAAAAGCAGCUGUGAAGCAGAAGCGAAUGAAGAAUGAGGAACUGCCUGCAAAAAUACCAAUGCUCGAAGUAAAUCCAUUAAAAAUCACACUCAGCAUGGAAGUUGAAGCGCAGUAUUAUUCGAUAAUGAUGAGCAGAAGAGGCGACGACAAGGAAGACAUAUCCACAAUUAUGUAUAAAACUAACACUCUUAUCCAAUUGCCUGACAGACCAGAUGACGAAAACCCAACACCAUACGUACAACAAGUCACAAUAACAGGCUCCUAUCGCGAAGUGGAACGAGCACGGAUUCUGAUACGAGAAAAUUGUCCAAUGUUCAUUUACCUCGAAAUCAGAAAGUCGGAACUCGUUUUGGAUCAUCUGCUCAGCUUGAUUCAGAGCGAAUCUAUAUCACUUAAAAAUGUGACUAUCGAGUUUCACAGUGAAAUGACUAAUGAGGGAGAACCAAUCCCGUAUCUUAGACUGAUCUGCUGUUCUAAACACGAGGAAUAUCUGUUGAAUGCAUGUGAGGAGCUUGGAAGGAUCGUGUUUAACGGAAAUAUUCCAGAAAGAGCGUUUGUUUACAAUUGCGAUAUUGCUACUUACCAUGUUGAACAUAUUGUUGGAAAACCGGAGAAGAAUAUAUGGUUGAUGGGUUUUAUUGAAGACGCUACGAAUACGAAAAUUUCGUGUCCGCCAUAUCACCGCGACGAAUACAAACAAUGCAUGUUCCCAAUUACUAUUCGUGGAGACCUUAAAGGAGUUCUUCGAGCUCGUCAUUGCCUUUUGGAAUUAUUCCCAGUAACCGUCUGCUUCAAUCUGAAUGACACUGAUAUGGCUCACUCGGUAGAUUCCGCGUACCGCUGUAUGGAAACGUACCAUCAAGAUGUGAAAGUGUGUAUGAGAAUCGCUCCAUCGCUUAUGGAGCCCAGCGAACUGCUUGCUGAUGAAGUCCAACAGCACUGUGUUACGUUGAGAACGAAGGAGUUCAACUUGAAGGCGCUCUAUAUGCUUUAUGGGCAGUUGUUGAAGAAAGAGCUUAAUGUGGAUCCUCCAAAGCCAGAAUGUUUUGAAAAUUCGAUGUGGGUUCGUGAGCAUCAACUUGAUAAGAAUGUUAUGAGCUUCAAGCUACCGUGUCGUGGUGAAGCGCCGCUACCGGAUAAACAUAAUCGAGUGUCUACACGAUCUCAGUUGAAUUCGACGUCGCAUAAGCAACGAAAUAGUCAACCGCAGCAGCCAAUCCAGCAACAACUACAAGAAAACACGACCAUUCCAUUAAAUACGGUUUAUCUCCAACAACAAAUGAAGCAACCAGCACCUGGUGUCAUCCGGUAUCCACCAAACACGUUUGAGGGGCCUGAGGGAGCCAUUGCACAAGCAAUGCCAUCAGCGCAAGUGAUGCACUUUAACCCACAGGCUUUCCACAUGUUCCAGCAAAGAUUGGCAUUAACUGGUAAAAUGGGACAGAAUUACUCUGCAAAACCACCACCGAACAUGGCACCAGCAUUCAUGGCACAGCCUCAACAGCAGCAACAAUCGAAUUUGAUGAUGACAACGGUGGUUCCGCAUGCGCCGUUUUAUUAUGUGCAAGACCAAAAUUUUGUUGUUCCGGUGCCAAUUCCAUAUACGGAUGAAAUGCUUCGAUUCUUCAAACAAGGCCUGCCACCAGGAUCACCGAUUGUCAGUGUCGCUGAGCCACAACAAAUGCAUCCACAACAACAACAACGCGAUUCUUCGCAGAGCCGGGCGCCAUCGAACUCGAAUCCGAACACUCGUUCCAACCCAGCAAUUCGUCCGCAGCUAAUUCCGCCACUAUUCUCUUCGGCUUCAACGGCGUCAUCUUAUCGUACGCGGCAAUUCGAAAGUGUGAAAGAGGAUGAAAUUAGUAAUCGACAAGAUUCGCAUUCGCGACGAAGUUCAAUUGGAGAUGAGCCGACUGCUGGUAGUUGCGACGGAUAUCAAAGUGAUAGAGCUUACUAUCGUCAUAGAAUGUCACCACAGGAGAAUAUUCCGUCUCAUGCGAACAAUGGAGAUCCUCAUUACAAAUGGGGACAGUCCUCAAAUCGUGUAGGUGGUGAUAUGCAUUAUGGCAGGAAAACGCAGAAGUUUCAGGCGAAUGGAAAAUCGUUCGUGAAAAAUCCAUCUUAUGGUGAUGGAAUGCAUCAUGGAAACUCGAAUUCGCAAUCGGCGCCUAAUAUUGAGCAUCAUUACUUUUCAGGAAAUCAUGUGCUCAAGUUGAAAUCGAAAGACCCGAAUCCGAUCGAUUCGAGCAUGGAUUGCGACCGAUUGUUCACACAGGACAACUCGCAGACAGAAGAUCGUCCCUAUUCGCCAAGAAAAUAUUUUCCGAGUCAAUCGCAGAAUGGCGGACCCGCUUUUGACUAUAAUGCCCGAUCGCGAACUGGAAGUGUUUCGCAAGUUGAGCGUGAGGAUGCUAGAGCAAUCACUAAAACUGUGCUCGAACCGCGAUAUAAAAUGGACAAAAAUUGUCCGAAAAUUCAACUUGAUUACAAGGUAAAAGCGGCUGAACAAGGGCAUGCUUCGAGAAAUGAAGGAGCUUCUUAUGCGCACAUAGCUGCCGAAUCGAUCAAUGGAGAUAACAAAAUAAUUGAUUUUAUCAAAAAGGUACAGGAACAAACGGAAAUAAAUGGGCACACGGCAAACAUUCCAUUGGGGUCAAUGAAUCGAACGUAUGCGGAUAUACUGAAAGAGAAGGAGCGCGAACGAGCCGAUAGAAACUUCGAGCGAAGCGAGAGCGAGGAUAUGGUUAGAACGUCCCAACAGAUUCUAUGA